AUGGCGUUACAAAGGAAAUUGCUAAAUGGCAAGUUUAGAUGGUUAUCCUAUGAGGGGUUGAGGCAUCUUUCCGGUCAAGCGGUGGCGCCACCGGAACUGCCGCCGUUUGACUACCAACCAAAGCCAUAUAAAGGGCCAUUGGCUGAUGAAGUGUUGGCGAAAAGAAAGAAGUAUUUGGGUCCUUCCCUGUUCUACUUCUAUCAAAAACCUCUAAAUAUUGUUGAAGGGAAGAUGCAAUAUUUGUAUGAUGAGAAUGGAAAACGUUAUCUUGAUGCUUUUGCCGGAAUAGUUACCGUCUCAUGUGGUCAUUGUCACCCUGAAGUGUUGGAUGCCAUCAUAGAGCAAAGCAAGCUUCUUCAACAUGCUACAACCAUAUAUCUACAUCAUGCAAUAGCCGAUUUCGCUGAAGCAUUGGCAUCUAAGAUGCCAGGGAACCUAAAGGUAGUAUAUUUUGUAAAUUCAGGGACAGAAGCAAAUGAAUUAGCAAUGCUGAUGGCACGAUUGUACAGUGGUAACUUAAAUAUGAUUGCCUUGAGGAAUGCGUAUCAUGGUGGAAGUGCUAACACAAUUGGCCUAACUGCUCUUAACAAUUGGAAGUACCCUAUUCCACAGGGUGAAAUCCAUCAUGUUCUGAAUCCUAACCCAUAUCGUGGAGCAUUCGGAGCGGAUGCCAAACGAUAUGCUGACGACGUACAGGAUCACAUUGAUCAUGGUACUUCAGGAAAGGUUGCUGGUUUUAUUGCUGAAACAAUUCAGGGGGUUGGAGGAGCAGUUGAACUAGCCCAUGGAUACUUGAAGUUGGUUUAUGACAUUGUUCGCAAGGCAGGAGGUGUUUGUAUUGCUGACGAAGUACAAACCGGCUUUGGCCGUACAGGAAGCCACUACUGGGGUUUUGAGACACAGGGUGUGACUCCUGAUAUAGUUACAAUGGCAAAGGGUAUUGGAAAUGGUUUACCACUUGGAGCUGUUGUCACAACGCCAGAAAUUGCAAGUGUUAUGGCUCAAAAGGUGCAAUUUAAUACAUUUGGUGGAAACCCUGUUUGCUCUGCUGGUGGACAUGCAGUACUCAAAGUUAUUGAGAAGGAACAACGCCAGAAGCAUUGUGCCGAGGUUGGCUCACACUUGCUUGGUGGGCUGAGGGAUCUAGAGAAAAGACACGACAUAAUUGGAGAUGUGAGAGGCAGGGGUUUAAUGGUUGGCAUCGAACUGGUAACCGACAGAAAAGAAAAGACACCUGCCAAGGCGGAAACUGGAAUUCUCUUUGAGAAGCUUAAAGAUCUUGGUGUUCUAGUAGGGAAAGGCGGUUUACAUGGAAAUGUUUUCAGAAUAAAGCCUCCCAUGUGUUUCAGCAAGGAUGAUGCAGACUUUCUUGUUGAUGCAUUGGACUAUUCUAUUUCAAAGUUGUGA